AUGUCGUCAGGCGACUUUAGCGUGGCGCGGGCGCGAGAGGUGGCGCGGCUCGCGCCGAUCGCCGACGCCCACGCGCGAGUGCAGGAGGGCGCGGCCGAGGUGCGUGGGCUGAGGGAGCUAGCCGACGACGCUUCGUCAGAGGCGGAGCUUCGCGAGCUCGCCAGAGCCGAGCUGGAGGAGGCGGAGGCGGCGCUGGGCGUGCAGCAGGAGUCGCUGGUGGCGCUGCUGGUCCCGGUCGACGACGAGGAGGAGGCGGCGGCGGGGCGGGGCGCGCUGGUGGAGCUGCACCCCGGCGUGGGCGGCAACGAGGCGGCUACCUCAGCGGAGGAGCUCCUCCGCAUGUACGAGCGCUACUGCAAGCGCAAGGGCUGGCGCUUCUCGCUGCUGUCCCACUCUGCGUUUGAGUACGGAGGCUGCCGCGAGGCGUCGGCGUCGGUGACGGGCGAGGGAGUGUUCUCCGCGCUGCGGUCGGAGAGCGGGACGCACCGCGUGCAGCGGAUCCCCGAGACGGAGUCGCAGGGGCGCGUCCACACCUCGACGGCGGUGGUUGCGGUCAUGCCGGAGUACGAGGCGGCCGAGGUGCCGGAACUGACCGAGGCGCGCAGGCGGAGAGUGAUGCGCGCGGGCGGCGCGGGCGGGCAGCACGUCAACACGACCGAGUCCGCCGUGCGGCUCACGCACACACCGACCGGCAUCAAGGCCUUCUCGCAAAACGAGCGCUCGCAGCACUCGAACCGCGCGACGGCGAUGAAGAUGCUCGCCGCGAGAGUCAAGGCGCACGAGGAGGAGAAGCGGCGCGCCGAGCAGCAGGCGGCGCGCGGCGCGCCGGCUAGCGGCGGCCGGUCGGAGCGAGUCCGCACCUACAACUUUGCAGACGACCGCGUCACCGACCAUCGGAUCAACUGCUCCAAGUUUGGGCUCGCGGGCAUGUUUGCGGGCGAGCUCAUCGACGAGUUUGGCGCCGAGCUGGCGGCGGCGCGCGCAGAGGAGCGGCUGCAGUCGCUGCUAGCCGAGCUCGAGCAACCUGGGUAG